CGUCCCUUCCGUGUCUCUUAGCAACAGAGAGACGCGGAGAGAAAGGGUCCGGAAAGUAACUUAGUCGCAGGCAAAAUGCAGGAUGAAGUUGAGGAAACACUAAAGAGGAUUGAAUCCCAUAAAGGUGUAAUUGGAACAAUUGUUGUCAAUGCAGAAGGUAUCCCCAUCAGAACAACUUUAGAUAACUCCACGACCGCUCAGUAUGCAGGACAUCUUCGCCACCUCGCCAUGAUGGCCAGGAGCACGGUGAGAGACGUCGACCCUCAGAAUGACCUCACCUUCCUCCGCAUACGCUCCAAGAAACACGAGAUCAUGGUCGCACCAGAGAGCAACUUUCUGCUGAUAGUCAUCCAGAACCCAUGUGAAUAGCCGCCAGACAUUUCCAUGAGAGUCAGGCUUUGUCACAUGGCGCUGCUUUAUCCGGGAGACACAUUUUUCCACUCUGUUUUGUUUCUACUACACAGUUCCUCUUUGUCAGCCAUGAAUUCGAGUUAAUCUACAUGAUAUGAUAUGAUUUACCCCUGUGUAUUUCUGUCAUUUUAUGUGUCGAUACAAAAUAAGCAUGUGAAAUAAAAAGCUGCCUGUCAUCAUACGAUACUUC